AAUUAUUGUUGGUACUGUAUCACCUGUACUUCUGUGAUUGUUCAGUUGGAAGAAACACAAUUCUGCAAGACUUAGAUCUAGAUCUAGGCCUAGAUCUAACUGACGCUUGUUCUCAUUUGUGGCAGGUAUAGCCUGUCAGAGGCCAGCCAGGUCACGCAGACAUGAACCAAAGGCCAAACUCGGGGGAAGAUGAGGAAGAUCUUCUCAAAUUUCAGCGAGAGUUUUUGGCGUCUGGUGCUGCCAGCGGUCGUUCCGUGUCCGUGAAGCGGCCAGAAAAACGCAAAACUGCCACAGGGGAAGGACAAGCCACAGAUGUUGUCAAGACAGAAGACAUGGAGACUGAACCGCCAGUUUCUCAAGCUAGUGUGCCAGUGAAGAGGUCAAAGUUCAAUACACGCUCAGAGAAUGGGGUCAGAGGUCAAAGCUGUCCAGGAAUAUCUCGACCUGUCGGUGAAGAGGAGGAUGUGGAGGAAAUGAUAGAUGGGAGAGACACAGGCCUUGCCGCAGUCCUCAGCACGAUCAUU